UAAUAUUUGCGGCUUCAUCUCUGAUUUUAAAACAAUUUACUUUUCAUCUCUCAAUCUAAGCUGACUGAAUGAACACCGGUUCAAUUUUUAGUUUCUUUUUUGUCGAUUCUGAUUGCUGGUCACCGAGUAAAACAAUUGAAUCAAACCGCGCACACUUUUAGAUUUAAAAAUUGUUUAAAUUGCUCCAAUUUUUAUAAAAGUUUAACGUCGAAAUCAGACCCGAAAAUUAUCUUCAAAAUCGACUUCUUGUAGAUAGAUCUUAAAUUAUUUUAUCAAUUCAAUCCGUUCGGCAAAUUAAAACCACGAAAGUAAGUUUGGUUUCUUUCGACAAUCUUCAACCAAUGAAACUUCUUACCGUUUCUUGAUGGUAGGUUUCGAUUUCGGUUGUAAUUUAGCGUAUAUGUGAUUAAUUUGAUUUCUCUUGCAAGUUUACUUAUUCUACUCAUAUACUAUAACAUCAUUAUCCUAUUCUUUUAUUUUCAUUUUCCAAAAUACCUUCGAAACAAAUAUUUAUUUGGCUGUCAAGUUGAAGUUUAGUUUGAACUUUUUGUUCCGCAGCGAUUUGUUACGUCAUAUUGUUUUCAGCCAAUUGGAGUAGUUUUUGACAGCUUAUCAAGUGAACAAAUUAGUACCAGCCUGAAAACUUGUCUGAUGGUGACUUUAAAAAGCUUUUUGAAUAAUAUCAACUGUAUCAAAAUGGAUUUGUAGUCUUCAAACUGAAAAUUUAACUUCCAUAUUUCGUUGUUUUGUUUCUACUGAACCCUGCAGCGUUCAAGGAGGCGCAUCAUCAAUAAUGGAUGGAAAAAAAGAGCGGCAAUUUGUGCCUUCCUUACGAAAUUCUAUUCCCGCAAUACAAUUAUACUUUCAAAUUGACUGAUUACUUCAAAAUUCACCGUAUUGCUUAGCAAUGCUCGGCAAUUAAUCAACUAAAGAUCGCAAAUCUAAAAGUUAAUUUAGUUAGCUCUGCUCAUGUUUACUUAGCGAAAGCUUUUGUUUACAAUACGAAAAUACAAUGAGUGACAACCCCUCGUCUAUUUUGGAUCUUUCGUUUCCGAGAGACGAAACGUCGGAACAUGUCGAUUUUGCAGAAGCUUCGAAUUUUUCAAAAGACGAAACUAAAAUUUCAACUGUAGCGAAUGAGCCUCAAGAUUUUUCAGUUAAUCGCUGUAACGAUCAGCAAUCGAUAGAAAACAAGCGAAACAUACCAUUAGUAUCGGCGACUGCUUUAAAAAGAAAGGGACCUCAAAUUGAACCUUACAUACCGCCAGCUCCUCAGCCCAAAGUAAGGAGACAAAUCCCGCCCCCACCUUUGAUUACUUGUAUUAGUCAGCCCGUCCCGAAUGUGAACAAAAACCUAAAUGUUCAGUUGCAAUUGAAAAUACCAACGGCGCAACAAGGAAAGUUUCCACAAGGCAUGAAUAUCGGAUCCCAACAAUCCCAGCAGCAAUUUAACCAAAUGUUAGUCCAGCAAGCAGGUCAAAAUCAGCAUCCCAAUCAGUUGAUGCCCAGAAUCAAUCCAGGAAUUAUUGGACAAAAUCCUCAGCGAUCAACUGCGAACUUCAACCCCUACAGCAUAGCUGGAGUUACUCCAUUAUUUCCGAGACCCUCAAUUGCUCGAACUAGCCAACCUCCUAACCUCCUUCGACCUACUGCUCCUGGAACCCUUAAUACAGCUCCUGGGCACCGUCUAUUGGUCCCGACUCCGAGAGCUCCCUCGCGUUUUGUCACGAAUCCGCACGUUUCAAACGGCAAUGCUAUGGUGUCCAAACAAAACAAUCACUCAAUUGGAGUAGGAGCAAAUCAGCAAUGUGGAUUCAUGCAAGGAACCAGCUCUUCAUUGACUCAGAGUUCCGCAAUUCCUGAAGAGGCGAUGCCGCGACAUAACAAUCCCUUCAUGACCCCGAUUAGAAAACAAGAACCGGUGAAGCAAACUCGAGUUGCUUUCAAGAAUUCGCCAGAGUUUUCGCUCGUUCACGUGCAGCAACCCGCUGGAUCGUCUCAAACCCGACCCCAAAUGAAAACAUUUUCCAACUUCGCCCAAAUAGUGCCCAGAAGCCAUCACGUUCGAAUGCCCCAGACAUCCCAGAUGGUCGGCAGAUCGAUUCCUGCUCAUGUCACCUCCUCGCCUCAAACUCAAAUCCAGUUUAGAGCCCCUUUCAACCAACCCAGACCUGUCUUUUCUUCUGGGCAGAAUAUGAGCAGGCCCCAACAAGUGCAACUUAUGAGAACCGCGUCUUUUCAGCCGAUGAUAUCAAAUCAACAAAUUGCUGCCAUUACCAGUCAAGCAAAGAGUAUCCAAGAUGGAAAUUUCACUUUUGUUCCUAAAUCUUCUCCAAGCGGGUUAGUUAGACCCGCGAAUCAAGUCAAUUUUGUAAAUCAGGCACAAUCUAGUAAGAGUUUGCAAGGAGGCUUCCAAGUGGUUGCAACACCUGUCGUGCAAUCAAUGGCACCCCAACUAGCAAGACCAGGUGUUCAAAACAACAGAUUUUCUCCUCAUCAAAAUCAAAGAAUUCCGGCACCAACCGUUAAUGUCAGUCCGAAUCAUAUAACUGCUAAAGGCAACGAAUCAAUCACUGGACCUGGUUCUUCUCAAAAUCGGUUCUUCAAUCCAGUUGUGGUAAGUGGCGUAAGACCCCUGGCCCCGAAACCCAAACCAGUAUUCGGCAAUCAACUCAAUCCUCAGCAACAGAAGUUUGCAGCUUCCUUGUCCAGUUCUGUUUACCAGACGGCUUCGAGUAGCUCCCAUACUUCUGGGAACCAAAUGAUCCAGUCACCACCAGUAUUGAUUCCAAGUUCAAUGGUAUAUAGCACAACUUCGAUUUCGACUCCUCGAUUCCUGAACCCUCAGCAGAGGAGUCCCGCCCCAAAAGUUAACGUGAUACAAACUAAGCAAGGAGACAAUACAUAUGAUGGUAACAACGACGCUGAAUCAGCUCUGAGUGAGUACCAUUCAACCGUCUCAACUCAUUUAACCCCGGGAACCCCGACAAAUGGGUCAAACUUCACCGCGAGAACGCCAGUCGCCCCGCCCCCUCCUCCGCCUCCAUUGAUACGACCCACAUGCAAAACAAUAGUGAAUCCAGCUGCCCAGAACCCAAAAGUCCAGAAAUCGCAAUUAUCUCCGGCGGGGGUUACGAAAUUGGCCGAUAGUUUGAAACGAGGGUCAUUGCCAAGAGAUAGUUCAAGUGGUUGUUGGAAAGAGUUUAAUCAGAAGGAAAUUCUGGAUGCGGUUAGAAAUGCGACUUCGAGUAGUUCGCAGGGGAAACGAGCUCUGCCUGCGUCGGUUAAAGAAACUUCCGAUGGAGAAAUACGCGCUCUCCAUUUCCCAAGCAUAAACAGCGACAACAAUUGUUCUCCCAAAUCAGAAGUCACUAAAAUGACUUGUGCCUUCAAGUCUUGCGACGAGUUGUUGCUUAAAUUGGACGUUGAAAGUCAAAUAGAACGCCUGAAACUACCGGUGGAUUUUGAUUGGUCGAGAUAUUCGAGUGAAUGUGUAUCGGCCAAUGAGAUGGCGCCGAUGUCCUGCUUCGCGACUGUGAGGACGAUUCACUCGGAGGAGCUUCCUGAAGGCGUCGUGAUAGAAGUCCCGAGCGGAGAGAGUAUGGAUUCCUGGUGGGUGGCAUCUGUGGUCUACUCCAACCGGAACAACAUCCUCGUCAGAUACGCAGGACUGUCUGACCCCCUGGACGAUGCAUGGAUAGACAUACAAACAACAGACAUUCACUCCAUCGGGUGGUGUCAGAAGAAUAAUAGGAAGUUGGAACCCCCCAAGAACUUCCCAUUUCAAAUGUUGCAUUUGAUCCACGAAGCAGAUGAUAAACAUGCUGGCAAAAACGGAAUAUUCAAACCGAUAUCUUCAUUGCAGCUCAAAGCCGAAAAAGACACUUUAGAAGAUCACAAAAUAUCUCCAAAUACUUUUGAAGUAGAGUUCAAUCCUGAAAUGUUGACAAGGAAAGUUAAACUAUUUUUAAGGAAUUUCCUCGUCGGUAGAGUUUCCGUUUCAGAACAGGCAAUAGAAGAUCGAUUAUUUUGGCCGAUUGAGUUUAGGAUUCCAAACGAAGCAAGAUUCGAGUUUGAAUACGAACCGAAAAAAGUAUGGCUCGUCAAAGUCGUGACCAAUCAUAGUGGGUUGUUGUUGCUAAGAUUUGAAGGUGUUCCCGACAGUGUGAAAAAGCACGACUUUCUGUUGUUUUUCGCCUCGGAGAAACUUCGACCCGUUGGAUAUGCAAUGAAAAGCUACGAUACUAUUAUGGAGCCCCCUAACUUACUAUCCGAAUUCGUUUCUGGUCAAGAACAAGUUGUGAAGACUUACAAAAGUGGAUGGCUAAAGCAUGAGCAGAUUAAAGUGAGAAUGCCGAAUCGAUUUUUCAACCAAUCUCAAUCGAUGGAUCUUUCACGAAACCAUCAUGAGGGUUUCUCGAGAAAACUGCUCGAUUUGCAGGAAUUUGAGAACUCGAAGUUGGAAGUGAUUUUUACAAAAUGCCCACACUUGAUUUGUGUUGCAACUGUCACAAGAGUGGACAACGAAAAUACAGUGACGGUCACCUUGGACAACUGCAGCAGUGCAUCAGUAGAUGAAAGUGAGCUAAGUGAAUCCUUCUCUCUAGACUCUUUCAAUCUCAGACCUGCUCUUUGGAGUGAACAAAAUGGAGUUGACCUUACCUGGCCUUUAAAUUACAAUCCAACAAAAAUCAACAAAAACCCAAAUGAGGAUUCUCAGUCCAAGUUCGUUUGGCACGACUACCUCAUGCAAAAGGGAAAGCGCUGCUUCCCGAAAAAUAUGCUAAGAUCGGUCAAAUCGGACGCAUCAACACAAAAUAAUAAUCAUAUGUUACCCGAAAAAACGACAUUCAAAGUCGGCCACAAGAUCGAAUUUAUUAACCCGUAUUGCCCGAGGUACUUGAGUCCGGGUACUAUAGUUAAAGUAGCUGGGAGGGUUUUACAAGUUGAAAUUGACGGAUGGUUUAUUGAUGAAGAAAAGGAAAAGCCUGCGAGGGUUUUCUUAGAUGCGGAAGGGUUUUCAGUUUUUCCAGCAAUGUGGUCUAAAAGUGUCGGCAGUGCACAUUUUCUAAUGCCGAAUCAAAACGGUUGUCCUCUAAACGAUGACGAAAAGAGCUCUAAGAUUUCAAGAAUUAAGUUUUCCGACCUCAAAAUUUUGAAAAGAAUUGUCACAGAAGACCGCAAAUGUUUUUCAGAAGAACCUUCAGAGCAGCAAAUGAAACUUCAUCACUCUAAUUAUACAAAUAAGUUCUGGUGUCCGGUUGUAUAUGUGAACUUCAAAUGCUGCAAGGAUCCAAUUUUUAGUCGAUAUCGGUUAUCAUGUUUGAGUCAAAAGUACGGGCCAGGUUUAACUAUUUACGUUCUACGAACACUUUUGAACUCGCUGAUAAUGUGUUCGGUUAAACCAUUUCAAGUUUUGCGAGAAAUAAUCGGAAUUUGUUCGCAUUACGACAGUGUAAUGACUAGCCAGGCGUACAUAAAAGCAAAGUUCAAAACAAAAAAUCUUCAUGCUUUUGUCAAGAUUCCCGAGCUGUUUUCCGAUAUGGAACAUUUCCUUCAAACGGUGCUGAGAAAAUUUGGGUGCUGUGAAAAUUUGUUCACCAUUCAGUUUUGCCCAAAAAGAGUUUGCGAUGACUCGGAAUGUCUGGCGAACUACCACACGUUGACGGCCCAGGAGCUAACGGACUAUAAGGAAUCGGACUGUCUGACUAAUGCUUAUCUGAACAAAUCAAGAGUUAAAGUGCACCAAAAUAAGAGAAAAAGAAAGAAAAAGAUGCUUUUUUCGAGUCAAAAGCGAACAAAUAAUACAAGUAACAACAACAACGUUAAUUCAAAACUGGUUUCAAAUUCGCCAAAACGAGGUGUCAAUAAACCAGUUAAUAGUAAAAAUAUUCCCAUUAAUAAAAUUGAAGAGAAGUCUCAAUCUGACAGUAGUGUGUCCGGUUCACGGCCUGUCACGCCGCACUCUGAGUCGCCGAUUGACACGACUGACUUCGGAAAGUUUAUCACUGUCGAACCCAAACGGGGCUUCGUCAAGUUAAAAAAAGGCGCGUCAGUGACUGCAAUUGGCACAACGAACCCACCGGAACGCGAAAAGAGCAAGCGACACAAAAGCGUGUUUUCAACUGUGAAUAUGAUUGCCAAAAGUGAAAUUGACAUGGAGGAUUUUGCAGUACAUGAAAUUGCUUCGACUUCGACUAUAUCUAAAAGUGGCGAAUCCUUGGCGAAAUUGUCAUCGGGAUUGGAAACAGAAUUUAGACCUAUUUCACCUGUUGACGAAAGUUCCUCGGAGAAAACUUGUUCGAUCCAAAGUCACAACAGUAGCAGCAACUCAAGAGAGAAAGAAGCAGCUGCAACUAGCUCUAAUAAGGUUCCUGCAGUUAAAGAAGCGAGGAGGGCAAUUCAGAGAAAUAAAAAACGAACACGACCUGCGCCAGUUUCGCCGCAGAAGCAAAACGGCAAAAUAAGAAAAACUCAGCGUCAAAUCUCCAGUGAAGGAGAAAAAAUGUCAAGUGAACUGGCUUUAAGGAAAGGGAAACCGUCACCGAGAAAGCGACCCCAAACUAUGCAGCAAAAGUCGGCGGCGGCGGCGGCCAAGAGAUGCACCAGGGCAGCCAAUCCGCUGCAGAAAACGGAUCCUCUCAAAUGGUCAACUGAAGAAUUGUGUUUGCAUUUAAACACGACAGAAUGUGCUGACUUUUUGCCCUUCAUCAGACGAGAAAAUAUUGACGGGCAAAGUUUUCUCUUACUCAAUUUCUCGAACUUGGUCGAAUUGUGCGAGGUUAAGAAAGACUUGGCGUUGAAGGUUUGCUACCAAGUGGCUAAAUUAAAGAAACAGUAUUUGCACAUUAAUGGGUCAAAAACAGACGAUAGCAAUAGUUCGGGAUUCGGAGAAGUGUGA